AUGAGUUUCGGUGGCCGUGCUCCUCUUGCAAGUCGCAGCAGCCAAGACAACAUCUUGGUCCCACGAGGGAUCGAUGGACCCCGUGUGCAGAAAGUUGGACAGAGGGUUGUGUUGGGUGUUUUGAAUGAAAAUGAACCCCCAAGCCGGGUCUCUAAUGCGGGAGCCAAAUGUGUAUCAACAGUGAAUAAUCCAACUGGGAGCAAGAAGGUUCUCACUUGCCUGUCAACUUCUGCCACUGGUGUUUAUGUGGAUAAACCUCGAGAGGUGCACUCGGACACCAGUUUGAUGGUGGCCGAAGAGUUGCAGCUGCUUGAAGAUGUUGAAAAUAACGUGUACUCGGGGUCAUGUAUGGAUACUUCAAUGCAGUCUUUAUCAGAGGAUGACCAGUAUCUUCUAUUGCAAGACAUCUCAUUUGCUGAAGAAUAUGCAGAGGAAAUCCAUCAGCACCUACGUGACAGCGAAGUAAAAUGCAGGCCCAAACCUGGCUAUAUGAGCAAGCAGCCUGAUAUCACCACCUUCAUGAGAACAGUUUUAGUUGACUGGCUGGUUGAGGUCAGUGAGGAGUACAGACUUUGUUCUGAGACCAUCUAUCUGGCUGUGAAUUACCUGGACCGGUUCCUUUCUUGCAUGUCUGUUCUCAGAGGAAAACUGCAGCUGGUGGGAACUGCAGCUAUCCUUCUGGCUGCGAAAUAUGAGGAAAUCUACCCACCAGAGGUGGAUGAGUUUGUUUACAUCACAGAUGACACCUACACAAAGAGGCAGCUUCUUCGAAUGGAACAUCUUCUCCUUAAAGUCCUUGCUUUUGAUAUGUCUGUGCCUACAAGUCACCAGUUCUUGAUGCAGUACAUGAUGGUAGAGUCUGUCUGCAACAAGACUGCAAACCUUGCUUUGUAUCUUUCAGAAUUGAGUUUGCUUGAUGUGGACCCUUUCGUGCAGUAUGUACCAUCCAAGGUGGCUGCAGCAGCUUACUGCCUUGCAAAUUACACCCUGAACAGAUCUCUGUGGCCUGAGGCCUUGUAUGCCUUCACUGGUUACACGCUGGCUGAAAUUAGUCCUUGCCUGAAGGCGCUCCAUAAACUGUACCUAAGUGCUGAGAAUCGCCCCCAGCAGGCCAUCAGGGAAAAAUACAAGAGCUCAAAGUACUGCAGCGUGUCCCUGAUUAAACCAGUGGAAUCCCUGCCUUUACCUUGA